AUGCCGCAACAAGUCACCGUUACCUUACGCUCGUUGGUCGGCGAUUUUGAUCAACGACGAUUCAUACUCACGCCGGAUUCUCCAGUUAUCGUCAUUGGCAGAGCUUCGAAGAGUAUUGCCAAGAAUAUACUUGGGGCUGUAGACAACGCAUGGUUCGAUAGCCCAGUCAUGUCUCGAAGUCAUGCCAAGCUGAAGUUCGACGAUCAGAAAGCAGCGCUCCUGAUCCAAGAUAUUGGUUCUAUGCAUGGGACGUGUGUAAAUGGAACGAGACUCGAGAGCUCGCCAGUCAGAGUCCAUCACGGAGACGUGCUCGUACUAGGAGCCGAAGUCAAACGUGGACCAGAGGUAUUUCCUGCCUGCGAGUUUGAAGUUGGUAUCGAGCUUUCGGGAUAUAGUCGAGGAAAGACGUUUUGUUUUCCAGAAAUGGACGACUCCUCUUCUGAAUGUGAGAUCAGCGACGAAUCAACGGAUGAGCACCAGCAAGUUUCCAGCGAGUCUAACAUUUCCAUCGAGAGCCCACAACAAACAUACAAGGCAUUUCAUUCAACAGACGCUAUUGAUUUGACAGGUGAUGAUUCCCCAGCCCCGAGUCCAAUACUUGGGACAAUCGACCUCACCGGUGAACCUGCUUUGAUUGCUGAAGGCACUGCCUCUGCAGAGGUAACGCCAGCUACCCCAAGCCACCCUAUCGAGUUCUCGGAUUCUGACCAUGACGACGAGAUGGACGAUCUCGAAGACUCUGAAAACUCAGACAUUUCAGACAGUGUCGACUCGGAUGAAUCACACAGCCUUUCUGACAUGGAUGAUCGUCUCAGCGAUGAGUCUGGGUCAGAUGAUGAUCGUUCUCUCGACAACCUUUCCAAUUCCAGCCCUCUAACCAAUGUUCAUGCAUUCGACAUGGCCGAGGAUGACGAUGAUGACAGCGAUUUUGGUCUAUCUGAUGCUGGUGAGGAGGGGCUUCGAGUACUCUUCGAUAACAUAGACGCGAUGAGCAACACAAGUCCUGAGUGCUCAUCUCCGGUCGCCGCGUUCAAGUCUCCUUUUGUCGCUGAGGAUGCAAUGAUAAAUUCCGAGAAAACUGUAAACAUUUUUAAACCAGCGGGUGUUAUUGGAUUCGAGCCGUCGAGCUUCCUACCUCAUGCACUCUCCCACCUCGAGACUCCAGCAAUUGGCAACCAGCCAUUAACAAGAGAUCUUCAGAGCCCAGUUAUCGGUGUUCCAUCAACUAAACGACUUGCCGAGCCAGUCGUUGCGAUCGAUAGACAACCAAGCCCUUCAGACGCUGCCAUGGUCAAGACUGCUCAAGUCAAGCAAGUUGAGCAGGCUGAGCUCGACUCUGUCCAACUUUCGACCAUGAUUACGCAGAGCUCUGAAAAUCGCCAACUUGCACAAACUCUUGCUGACAAGACCGGCAAGCACGCCUUUUUCGAAGCGCGAGAGAAGAACAAGGCUAAGAUCAACGAAGCUGCCGAAAACAUUCCCAAGCCAUUUAUGCAUGAGUUUUCAACGCCCAAUGUACCGACAAGAACUUGCAUGAAGUUUGCUGGGAAGAAACCUUUCGUCAGAGACCCAAACAUGGUAGAGUCCAGUUAUACCUCUGCCAGUUCCUUCAACUACAUCCCGGAUUUCCCUAGUCCAAACAUAUUCAAAUGUAAUGUCCCCACGAUCGGAUCUGAGGGUAUGGGAUUCCCCGCUGUCGAGCGCGCGGCUAGUCCCGAAUAUGACAUGACAAGUGCGGUUACUUUUAACGAAAGUAAAGCCAAAGCCAUUCGGUCUAGAUUGAGCAUCCAUGAUAUUAUCGAGAAUCCUCCAUCCAAAGAGUCUAUUCCACCAGUCGAGGCAAGAACUGGUGAAAAGAGAAAGGCUAGUGAAAUCUCUGAUAUUCAGGAAGAGGUUCGUGCAUGGGCUACUUCUCCAGAAACGGCCGUCGUAGAAACUCCAUCAACUACGCAAAUCCAAUCGCAACCACAUGCUAGGGAAGGACGACCAAUGAAGAAGCUCAAGACGCUGAUGAACCGUGCCGCAUAUGUUGCGGCUGGAGGAGCCGCUAUUUUCUUUGGUUUGGUUGCGACUGCACCGGACUUUGCUUAA